GAGAAACUGUGAGCCCGAGCCCUUAUAAGCAAUACUCAGACUGUAAUCCUCAGUUUCAUUUUGCCUUCAUUCCACACUUCUCCUUGCUACCUCAUCACAGGAAACAUUUUCGUCACAAUGGAUACAAAGAAGGCUUAUUUGAAGUUCGAGGCCGAAGUCAGCCUUGAAAACGAAGCGCUUGUCAAGAGGUUCAAUCACUUGGCCAUGAAACGUACCACACAGCUUAAUCCUCGACCGUGCUCACACGAACCCCGGACGUUCAUUAAUAACUGGUACUUCGAUGUUCGCCCUAUCACUCUCCCAUUCGGUCCCCAUGAAACGUUUCCAGCAGAGAUGUUAGUGAUCUUCAAUGGAAGCUCUCGCAGGUUCCAUGCGGAAGGACCAUUCCGCGUAUUCGACGAUACGAGAGCGGACCCAGAUUCUCUGAAGCGAAAGGCUGAAUGGAUAGCGAAACUGCUCGUACGAGCGUUCGCCAAACAAAGCCGGAUGGAGGCGACCGGGAUUUUCUCCCCAGGCUCGCGAAGAACGGUACCAUGGACAUGGUCAACUGGUGACGAGAGGGUGAGGUCUGCCAUUCAGGAUGCACUACGAGCUUUGGGUGUGCGCCAGCAGUUGUGUACGGUAGGACUUGAGGGGCCUUUGGGAUCUGAUAGGCGGAUGGCCGACGAGCAGUGGACUUCUAUACGGGAUGCGUUGAUCAUUGAAGUCGGGAAGAUACCUGAUCCACGGAAUCACUAGAUGGAUGUUGUUCUAAACGUGCCCCCUGAGCUCUAGUUCUCUUAUAAUGCUAAUGAUGAUGUGUCGUUGUGUCCC